UCUGUUAUGUGUGCCAUGGUCUCGACCCAGCAGUGUUGACAAUAGGCUGAAAAGAAGCAGCCCCGAAUCAAAAACGAGCAACGGAAAGCACGAAAAUUCAAGGGGUUGUGUAAGACGAACAGUUAAUUCAAACAGGAAUGUAAAUGCGUGUGCGUAAUAUUUUUUAUAUAGUCGUGUUUUGUUCUUAAUGGGAGUUUGAGGGUUAUUCCGUUGGAAGGAGAGGUGCUCGUGGGUUUGGCUGGUUCAGGCCGAGAUUUUGCUGCUGUUCCGUCGCUGCUGGGGAGAGGCUGUUCGCACCGAGCUGGAGGCAGCCGAACCGUUAGCUCAGAUAGGUAACCAAACAUAGGAGAACUCCUCGUCGCCGUCUCCGUUGCGAACUGCAGAGGAUCAAGGUAAAGUACAACGACUGGAGAGCUCACAACCACUCGGUGGGCUGCACCUUGUCGGGCUCAGGUCGGGACUCGGGACGGUGUGUCUCUCCCAGCCCAGUCGGUCUGUCAGUCUGUGAGCAUUAGCUAACAGUAGCAGCAUUAGCACUGUCCUGUAUUUACAUCUGGGAUGAUGGGUGAUCGUCCAAGCCCGCCCAGCAGGGCUAUGUCCUCGGCACCCACCACGUCUCCAUCUGUGGACAAAGUGGACGGAUUUUCCCGGAAGUCUGUCAGGAAGGCCAAGCAGAAGCGCUCGCAGAGUUCGUCCCAGUUCCGCUCUCAGGGCAAGCCCAUCGAGCUCACGCCCCUGCCGCUGCUCAAGGACGUGCCGGCACCGGAGCAGCCGGAGCUGUUCCUGAAGAAGCUGCAGCAGUGCUGUACUGUUUUUGACUUCAUGGACACACUGUCAGAUCUCAAGAUGAAGGAGUAUAAGCGCUCCACGCUUAAUGAGCUGGUGGACUAUGUGACCGUCAGCCGGGGCUACCUGACAGAGCAGGCCUACCCUGAAGUCGUCAAAAUGGUGUCUCACAACAUUUUCCGGACCCUUCCGCCCAGUGACAGUAAUGAGUUUGACCCUGAAGAGGAUGAGCCCACACUCGAAGCCUCCUGGCCACACUUACAGUUGGUAUACGAGUUCUUCAUCCGGUUCUUGGAGAGUCAGGAAUUCCAGCCCAGCAUUGCCAAAAAGUACAUAGACCAGAAGUUUGUCCUACAGCUCUUGGAGUUGUUCGACAGCGAGGAUCCCCGGGAGAGGGACUAUCUGAAGACAGUCUUGCAUAGAAUCUACGGCAAAUUCCUGGGGCUGAGGGCUUUUAUACGAAAACAGAUCAAUAAUAUUUUUCUACGUUUUGUUUACGAGACGGAGCACUUCAACGGCGUGGCGGAGUUGCUGGAGAUCUUGGGGAGUAUAAUCAAUGGUUUCGCUCUGCCUCUGAAAGCAGAGCAUAAACAGUUUCUGGUCAAAGUGUUGAUUCCCCUCCAUACUGUCAGGAGUCUGUCCCUCUUCCAUGCACAGUUGGCGUAUUGCAUUGUACAGUUCUUAGAGAAAGACCCAACAUUAACAGAACCAGUUAUCAGAGGUUUACUGAAGUUCUGGCCGAAAACCUGCAGUCAAAAAGAGGUGAUGUUUCUAGGAGAGCUGGAGGAGAUCCUGGACGUCAUCGAGCCCACACAGUUCAUCAAGAUCCAGGAGCCCCUUUUCAAACAGAUCUCCAGAUGUGUGUCCAGCCCACAUUUCCAGGUUGCAGAGCGAGCUCUGUACUACUGGAACAACGAGUACAUCAUGAGUCUGAUUGAGGAGAACUCCAGCGUCAUCCUGCCCAUCAUGUUCGCCAGCCUCUACAGGAUCUCUAAAGAGCACUGGAACCCGGCCAUCGUGGCGCUGGUGUACAACGUACUGAAGGCCUUCAUGGAGAUGAACAGUACCUUAUUCGAUGAGCUCACAGCCACUUACAAGUCGGACCGCCAGCGGGAAAAGAAGAAGGAGAAGGAGCGGGAGGAGCUGUGGAAGAAGCUGGAGGACCUGGAGCUGAAGCGAGGCCUUAGGAGCGACGGGAUCAUCCCGACUUAACAAAGACAACGCUGCGCUCCCCCCUUCCUCCUCUCCCCAUCCGACUCCCCCUCUCCUCCUUCCACAUCGGCUACGUCUGCCCAGAGCUCCUGAUACAGCCGUGGUCUCCGGAUGGACCCGGAGCGCCGCUGGUUCCUUCAUUGUUUUUGUUUCCUUAUUGUUUCUCCUGUGUUUGUGCGACUUACUUUACAGUAGAUUCAUCACGUCUGUUUUCAUUAUUUCAACAGCACUGUAAAUAAUUUUCUUUUUUUCCCUUAAGCUGAUAUUAUUGCAGACAGAAAAACAAAACAAUAAUAAUAAUAAAAAAAGAAAAAAAUAGAAAAUGACUUGUAUGGGAGGGGGAUUUCAACAAAAAAAGAGAAAACUUUUUGGACUGUGUGACAUGAACUGAAAAACAAGAAAACAAAAUGAGAAGAUGGGUUGAAUUUGAGCUUCAUCUCACUCCUCCUCUUCACUACAGUCCCACAUGUCCGUUUUCUUUUCCUGGUUCUCCUCUUUGCGUUUCCUCUUGUUGCCUCUAUCUUUCUGUUCUCCUGCCCUCCUAUUGGUCAUAUCCACCCAGACUGAUUAGGAGUAACUUGAAGGACGCCUCCAUUCAUCUCUUUAGCCUCCGCCUACCCUCUCCACAGGUUCUCCAUCCUGUUAUAAACAGGCAAUAAACCAAACAUACAGGGACUUCAACAUUUACAAACCAUCAUCUGAGUGUGUUUACAUGCACAUUCUGCAGCGUCGCUGCAGAUGAUAAAACGUGUAUAUUGUGUAUAUUUCUCCUGCCUGAAUGAGUUAAAUAUGAGAUUAGCGUCGAAGUCUUAAUGGGUUGAUUUUUAGUUUUAGGGAAGAAAAAGGACCUUAGAUAACAUUCACCACAUUUUCAGUCCACCUGGACAGCUGUGUUCUUACUUCUAAAGCCAUGAAUGGUUUCCCAUGUGAAUCCUGAUCAAACGUCUCCUCGGUGCCAGUAGACCGGUAGACCUAGCGACGGGAAACUAGGCGAACUUGAACAUGGCGUUAGGGUCAGCCUCUCCUGGAUUUCCAGAUCCUCCUACCACCUGGUUAAAUCCUGAUGUUGUGCAUGUAAACACACUCUGUACAUUUCCCCUUCCAGCUUUUAUUUCUCUGACCUUUGACCCCCCCCUCCAAACAGACCGGAUUUUGUUGGUAACAGUCUGGAACUGGUACCAUCCUGCCUAACCAAGACUUAAAACUAGAGGAGCACCAUCACCUUCCUCCUCUUCAGUCCCCGCCCCCCAUCGGGGGGUGAUGGGGGCGCUGCGUUGGUUUCCAGUAUUACAGCAGAGACGAAGGACGACCUGUACAUUAUUGAAUGCAGUACUCUGAUCUGUAUCUUGUAGUAUGUUAGCCUUUGUUUUUGUUAGCAAAGCGUGGAGGAGAAUCCAGUAUAUAAGAGGUAUUAUGGAACAAGACUUCCUGGUAUUUAUGAUCGUGUUUCCCCUUUCAGUCUGUUUUUUCUUUCUGUCUCACUCCUCUCUCUUGGUUUUUAUCUUAUUUUGGAUAUUUUGAUGAAGUUUCUUUUGACCAUUGGAUAUAUUAUUAUUUUUUAGUUGGGGAGGGAGGGAAUUGCCGGGUAGGGGUGGGUAGACGGGGCGAGGGGCAGGGGGGUGAGGAGGGAAGGCAUGGAGAGACCACUUUGUCUUGUUUGGGAGUAUUUUUGACAGUGACCCCCCCCCCCUCGCCAGAAUUACUGUGUGCUGUAGAAUGGCCCGAAUAUAACAUGAUUUAAAAGCUGAGAAACAGAUAAAGGGUUGGAGAAAUACAGAUGUUUAAUUAUUUUAAAAAAAUAAAGAGAUAUUAAAUUAAA